CGGGGCAUGGCGCGGUGCGCGUUCUAGUAAACAAGUUGUGUGCGAGCCGCGCGGGGAAUCUUGCGCCCCGACCGAGGCAACGCUAGCGCGAUAUUUAUUUAACGACGCGACCGUCUCGUCGCGCGCCACGACGCGCCGCGUCGCCGUCGACCUCUCUCUAAAAAUCUUCCGUCAUUCUCGCCGAGGAAACGCGGCCAAGGGGAUAAACAAACGGAUCAACUCGGGCAGCGCGAGCCGACUCGUCUCGCGCUUUCGCGUGUUAUGCGUACGCGGGUUCGCGGGUGUGAGUGGUGUUGGUGUUCGCGGAGAAAAGUGAUCGUCACUGUGUUUACCAUCGAUUCUGGGAUCUCUAACGAGGAGACGAUCCCCGAUCGUGCUCGACGAAGGGAGCGAGGAGGAGAAAGUCGUCGAUGCCGAGUGAUGACACCCCCGAUACGCGUCUUCGGGCUUCCGACUAGACGCCGUGUCUCGGACGAUAGAUUGCCUAGAUAUCGCCGAGGAAGCAGGAUCAUCGGUAUGAUGAGGAGUGUGCAUUGAUCGGUGUCAAGAUUCCCGAUCAACUCGCGAAUCUCGAAUCGGCGCGCGUUCGGUACAGUUAAUGAAGUCGUCUGGUGUGAUGACUUGCUGGUGGUGGCACCGAUCUUUCAGCACAGUCGAUUGAUAUAUCGCGUAUACGUGCGUGCGCGCGUCUGUUUUCGUCUCGUGGUACGCCUACGAAGUCUCCCGCGCGGUUACGAGGAGGUCAAACGAGGCCGACGUCGACAAACGCGUUACGUCGAGAGAGAGAGAGAGAGAGAGAGAAAGAGAGAGAAAAAUUUGCGAGCGUCUUCGAGCGAUCGUCGUCGAACCUGUGGUCGCAUUGACUCUCGAGCCCUCCGUUCGCGCAUACGUUCGCAAGACGAGCAGGGAGAGAACACCCGAAGAGGCUGCCGAGGCGCGAGAAAAAGUUUGCCGCAUCGACGGCGAGGAAAAAUGCGAGCGAAACGCGACGCUUUACUCGUUUUACUCUGAAUUCGCGGAGGACGUGAGGAGUCAUUUUUCCCGUCGGGGAGAAGUUUCGUUCUUCCGGUGAAAAUGAAGUCUUCGGCCGCGUGUUAUACCGCGCGCAGACUUCGCGGCGCGACGUUCGACGAGGACGUGCCGAGCAUCGUUGCAUCCUCGUUUUCCGAGGCUAAUUCUACCACCUGCCACUGCCAAUGUCCGUCAUCGAGUUGUGGCGCAUUCGAGAAAGACGAUGGCGUAUCCUUCCUGCCGUCACCGGUGACGACGACAGCGUGCGAUCUUUGCGUGCGUCUUCGCGGUCAAACGAGCUACGAUUCGGUGGACGCGAUAUGGACGCCAGGGGAUGGCAGCCACGUGGCUGAUCGAUCAUCGAGACGAAAACGCGACAAGAACGACUCGCCAGCAAAUGACUCGUCGGAAGCGACCGUUGGAAAACGCGGGAACAGAACUUUGAGGUGUGAUAGAACUCUGCUCCGCGAAUCGUCCGCGAGAUGUGCUUCGAGCGUAGUGCGGUGGAUUUUCGCGGGCAGACUCUACGGCGAUUUCAAAUUGACCGAAUGGCGCCGGCUACUCUGGAUCGUUUUCCUGAUACUCGCGGUACCCGACUUCGCAGCAGCGCACGACACCGCCAUCGGCCGUAGCAACAAAGACGGAGUGUGCCAAAGUAUAGACAUAAGAAACAGCGUGAGUCAAUUCUCAAAACUAGAGGGAUGCCGGGUGGUCGAGGGCUUCGUACAAAUUCUAUUGAUCGAUCGAGCGGAGCAAUCGGCCUACGACAAUAUCAGCUUCCCUGAACUGGUCGAGAUCACUGGAUAUCUUAUUUUAUUCAGAGUAAGCGGACUGAGGACCGUCGGCCAUCUGUUUCCGAAUCUUGCGGUCAUUCGCGGUCAUUCUCUCUUUAUCAAUUAUGCUCUUGUGGCAUUCGAAAUGAUGCACCUUCAAGAAAUCGGUCUCUUUUCCUUGACCAACAUUCUACGCGGAUCCGUGCGAUUCGAGAAGAAUCCGACGCUCUGCUACGUCGAUACCAUCGACUGGGACAUCAUCGCCCCAGCUGGCAAGGGAGGCCACGUCAUAAUGGACAACAAGCCAACAAACGGCUGUCCAGUGUGCGAUAAAUUCCUGCGAUGCCCAAUAAGACAGACGAAACCCGAUCAGACUCUGUGCUGGAAUCGAACACACUGCCAACAAAUAUGCCAGAAAUGCGAGGAUGGAGCUUGCAAUAAUAAGGGAGAAUGCUGUCACGCGUCCUGUCUGGGUGGAUGCACGGAAGUGACGACUAACUGUACCGUUUGCAGAAACGUGCUGGUAGACGGCAAGUGUGAAGAUCGUUGCCCGGCCGGCAAAUUAGAAUUUAUGAAUCGACGUUGCAUCGAAAAGGAGGAAUGCCAUAAGAUGCCGAAGCCGCGCGAAGCAUCGGAUGCCGUAAAGAAUUAUCCGUACAAGCCGUUCCUAAAUACCUCCUGCGUGAUCGAGUGCCCGCCGGGUUAUAUGGAGAGUGCGCGUGGCGACUGCGAGCAGUGCAAAGGUCGGUGGUGCCUGAAGGAGUGCGAAGGUGCGAACGUGGAAAGCAUCGCUUCGGCACAGAAGUUGCGCGGAUGUACGCACAUCAAGGGUAGCCUCGAGAUACAGAUACGCGGUGGCAAAAACAUCGUAAAGGAACUCGAGGACAGCUUAGGCACGCUCGAGGAAAUAGACGGCUAUUUGAAGAUCGUCCGCAGCUUCCCAUUGAUAUCCCUCAAUUUUCUGAAGAAUCUACGCGUGAUACGCGGUAAGGACCUCGAGAAUGGCAAGUACAGUCUCAUGGUGCUUGACAAUCAGAAUCUUCAGGAGCUUUGGGACUGGAGCACGCACCCGAAUAUUACCAUCUUGUCCAGCGUUGGCCCCGCUAAGCUCUUCUUUCAUUUCAAUCCGAAAUUGUGUCUGCACGAGAUCGAAAAAUUGCGAGAGAAGGCCAAAUUGGAGGAGUUCAACGAUCACGACGUGGCGUCCAGCAGCAAUGGGGACAAAGUCGCGUGCAAUGUUACCGAGCUAAAAACGAGGAUCACCAAGAAAACAUCUAGAGGUGUUAUUAUCGAGUGGAAGGGCUUUACGCAUCACGAUACCAGGUCUCUCUUGGGUUACGUUGUUUACUUUAUCGAAGCGCCUAAUCAGAACGUAACGAUGUACGAUGGCCGCGACGCUUGUGGCGGCGAUGGCUGGCGGGUGGAGGACGUUUCCGCUGAUAGUACGACGAUGCAGCCCUACAACGGCACGUUAGAUCCACAAGAGCCUGUCUAUCACACUCACAUACUGACACUGCUGAAGCCGUAUACUCAGUAUGCUUACUAUGUUAAGACUUACACCAUAGCCACGGAAAGGUCAGGCGCGCAGAGUAAAGUCAAGUACUUUACGACGCUGCCCGAUGCGCCUAGCUCGCCUAGAGCCUUAUCGACUUGGAGUAAUUCUAGCAGCGAACUGAUUAUAUCUUGGAUUCCGCCGCUUCACAAAAAUGGAAAUCUAACGCAUUAUCGAAUCGUCGGUCGUUGGGAGCCUGAUGAUCCGAAUUUCAUCGACCAGAGGAAUUACUGUGACGAACCUAUGCUGUUACCUGAAACAAAACCGGAUGAUGUCAUAGCGGAGGAAGAAAAGAAGCACACCGAGCUAGAGAAGGAGUUUGCAAAAUCCGAUUCGUGCGUCUGUUCAGAUCGUGAAACGACAGAUCAGUCAACGCGUGAGAAAGAAGUUUCCAGUUCGAUCGCCUUCGAGAACGCAUUACACAAUCAGGUUUAUAUAAAACGAAUGUCGCAACGCAGAAGACGCGGGGCUACUGAAAUGUUAAACAUGGUGAAGAAGGAAUCGGUCUUAAACGAUGAUUUUUCAUACGUUCAGGAUAGAGAAAGAGAAAGCACCAACGAUAAAAUAGAGAAUGGUACAUUCAUAGUAUUCGAGCGGUUAAUACCCAGCACAAAUCAUACUUUCGUCAUGAGAAAUCUCCGGCAUUUUGCUGCGUAUAAUAUUGAAGUUCAAGCUUGCCGAGAACGAGUUGGCAAUGAUACGAAGAGUAAGAAUUGCUCGACGAAGAGCAUGAAAACGUUCCGCACGUUAUCUAUGGACAUUGCAGAUAAUAUUCCAGCGGACACUUUUCAAUUAAAGACUUCCGGCGAGAAUAACAGCCUUCCUAUAGUUACAUUGUCUUGGGACGAACCGCCUCAACCCAAUGGCCUAAUAGUCACGUAUCAAAUCGAGUAUAAAAGAAUUGAUAUAAAAAAUAUACAAGCAACGGUGGUAUGCAUCACAAGACGCGAUUUCGCCAACAUGGGCAACUCGUACGUCUUAAAGAAUCUUCCUGCUGGAAAUUAUUCUGUAAAAGUACGAGCUACGAGCUUAGCCGGAAAUGGCGCGUAUACCGAAGUGAAAUAUUUUUAUAUAUCGGAACAUGGCACAUUAAGCACAUUCUGGAUUUUCUUCUGGUCGAUACUGAGCAUUGUCAUAAUGUCGAGUUCUCUAGCAAUGUUCUAUGUAUUUAGAAAGAGAGCGAUGCGAAAUGUGCCCAGUAUGAGGCUUAUCGCGACAGUGAAUCCGGAAUAUGUGAGUACAAGUUACGUGCCGGACGAAUGGGAAGUGGCCAGAAAGAACAUUCAAUUAUUAAAAGAAUUAGGAAAUGGUUCUUUCGGCAUGGUAUACGAAGGAUUGGCCAGGGAUGUCGUGAAAGGCAAUCCGGAAGUGCGGUGCGCCGUGAAAACUGUAAAUGAAAACGCAACCGACCGUGAACGAAUAGAGUUCCUUAACGAAGCUUCCGUCAUGAAGGCUUUCAACACUCAUCACGUUGUCAGACUGCUGGGCGUAGUGUCGCAAGGUCAACCUACAUUGGUAGUUAUGGAACUGAUGGUGAACGGUGAUCUAAAGACGUAUCUGAGAAAUCACCGGCCGGACGUAUGCGUGAACUCGAAGCAACCUCCGACGUUGAGAGACAUCCUGCAAAUGGCGGUCGAAAUUGCGGACGGCAUGUCUUAUCUCUCCGCGAAGAAAUUUGUCCACAGAGAUUUGGCUGCUCGCAAUUGUAUGGUAGCCGAAGAUCUUACCGUAAAGAUCGGCGAUUUCGGCAUGACGAGAGACAUAUACGAAACCGAUUACUAUCGAAAAGGAUCCAAGGGACUGCUGCCAGUCAGAUGGAUGGCACCAGAAAGCUUGAAGGACGGCGUAUUCACGAGUUUCUCUGACGUGUGGAGCUAUGGAGUUGUUCUAUGGGAAAUGGUAACGCUGGCUUCGCAGCCGUAUCAAGGCUUGUCGAAUGAUCAGGUAUUGCGUUACGUAAUUGAGGGGGGAGUAAUGGAACGACCGGAAAAUUGUCCUGACUCACUGUAUAAUUUAAUGAGGCGUACCUGGAAUCAUAGAGCUACGAGAAGACCUACCUUUAUAGACAUCGAGACGCUGUUAAUGCAAGAAGUUAGUAUAGAAGACUUUGAAAAUGUUAGUUUUUAUCAUAGCUCGGAGGGAAUCGAAGCUCGAAAUCAAAAUAGUUCGCAUUCACCACAAAAUGAAGAUCUAGAAAUGGUUGCUCUACAAGAUUUGCGGGAGGAAGAAAUGCAGGGAGAAGAUUCGCCUCUGCGCCAGGACUUUGGUGACUUUGCAAGUUUUGAGCCUCGCAGUAUUAGAAAUAACUUAAGUCCACGAUACGGAGCAGAUUCGUAUGGCGAAUCCUCAAAAGCUACUUCCAAUUUCCAUGACAUGAGCUCUAUAAAAGUACCCAAGGCUGGAUUCGAUGAAUUUGGCGGUAUUUCCGGAGAUUCGCUCGUAUCUAGUAAGGACACAUUAAACUCGCCUUUCGUAGAAGGCAGCCUUAAAUCAGUCAGAAGCUCGCCUUUUAUAUAUAAGAAAAGUACUUCCCGCAGUAACGUAAGUCAAGGUUCUCUAGGGAAGCCUGGAAGUCCACAAAGUUUAGUUAAGCGAAAUUUUCUCGAUAGCCCAAAUCCGUCUAAGCGUCGGGACGAUCCCGAUUACGAAAAUAGAAGCCCCGAAAUCAUGUCGGGCGUCGAAAAAAAGGAGAUCACUUCUUUACACGUAGAAUUUCCAUCAGUGGACGUUAUGGACAUUCAGAUUAACGGUGACAAAACGGAAAAUAACAAGCGUACUACGGGCGACUACAUGAACAAAUCGGAAAUUUUGAAUAACGGUUACAUCGGUAAUACGACCACGUAGCUUCGCUGUACGAAAUUUUAUCACUUGGAGUGAAUCGAGAAUCGGAUAUGAAUAUUCCAAAACAAAAAGGCAGUGUCUGUGCCAAAUUUCUGAGCGUACUGAAUUAUCGUUUUGAAAGGAUUACACUGAGCAAUGUUUUCUGCAUAUGAAAGGGGAUGUUAGUGUGUUUUAGCUAACAUAUACAAGCUACUAUACUCAUAAGUCUAUUUUAAACGUUCUAGACGUAACUAAGAGUACAGGUCCUAACAAGCGAGUGGAGUUUCCUUAUACGGGUGUUACCAUGUCUUAAUUCCGUCUCUCUAAAUGUAAUUAAUAUCACUACGCGUGUACAGCUAAUUAUAUAUUUGUUGCGCUGCGAUGCAUGUUGGAAAGAGGCAGCGAAUAUAUUUAUAUCAGAUACUGUCUUUUUGAAGUUGUCGCUGUGUAGUAUAUACGUUAAUACGGAGAGGUUUACUUUAUACUAAAGACGCCGUUAUCAUGGAGUUAUUACAGACAGUUGCGAUUCAAAUGUGUCUCCCCUUGAGAUUCGGCCGUGCACUGUGAGAAACAUACGACUUGUCCAUUGGCAAUGCACAUUAUAGUCUGCUGACAAGCAUGUAGUAACUUCUCUCUCUCUCUCUCUCUCUCUCUCUCUCUCUCUCUCUCUCUCUUUCUCUCUUUUUCGCUCCAUUAACUACCUAGCGUGUAUCAAAGAAUUAAGCAGAUUUAUUAUUUAUAUCAUAGACUUUCUGUUUCAUUAUCGCGGGUCGCAAGGUGCGCUUUUUGCGCAAUUUUCUGCUGUAAUAUAUAUUUAUAUAGCAUUGGUUUAUUUUUUUUUCCCCCGAGUUUAUAGUAAAUAUGGUAAACCAAAGUGGCAAUUAGGUCGACUACCGCGUUGGUACGACAUUUUGUUCACAGCAAAAAGACCACAUUUUAUAAAUUUUGUGAAUUACGCCUAGUCGCCACUUUGCAUGAUUUUAAGCUUUGAACUCGUAUAGUGAUAUAGAUAUGUUGGAAAGUAUAUGUGUAGAGGGUGAUUCAGAAUAAGUGUACGGACUUAGCAAAUAUAUAUAUCGCGUUCCUCUAAUUUAUAAAUUUCUAUUAUAUUUAUGUUUUCUACAUCAUUUUAAUAUUUUUGACUUUAUUAUAUCAGUUGACCUAUAAGAGUUCUGAAUCCACCAAUUGUUCGAUACAUCGUAGAAUUAGAAAGUAAGGACCCUCUUUUUCAAAUUCGAAGGCUUCAGUAGCGAUACCAUAUAAUUGAUGAGUAUUUGCGAUAGCUUGCAAAGAGUUCAUAAUCUCUAUUUUAAUCUUUUUAUUGUAAUUAUGAAAUCUUAAAGGAAAAAACAAUUAGUAUCUAAGCUUUAAAUUCAAUAUUAAUAUUUUAAUUUCAAAAUUCUAUCACGAUCAAAUGUUACGCUUGUAAAAGUACUGGUAAUUAAUUUAAACGGCGCGCCUUAUCCUCGUUUCUCGUUCUGUAUAUCUAGACAAUCUCGCGAA